CAAAAAAUUGGAUGCCAGCUGCCCUUAAACACCAAGGAAGAGGAAGAAGAAGAACUGUUCAUACAUCGAAGAUAGGCUAUUUUCUUUACAGUCAAUGGCUACAUUGUACACAUGAUGUGAAGGAGAGGACCUCCACUGAUUGCGUGAUGGCCAUCCUAAAGCUGUUAUCAUCACUGCACCACCACUGCAGAUGGAAGAUGCCUUACAGAACCCUCUACACAUGCACAUACCCAACUUCACAUCACAAAAACAAGGACUCAAGCCUUUUCAUUCCUCCCCUACGAGUAUCAUGUCCUAAACAGAAUGACAUCCAUGCUCGCUCUCUGUGUGGAAUAGAGCAGAGGCCUCUUGGGAAAAGACAGUUCAGCAUAUCUGCUGCGGCUAUUGUGAACUCCGCUCCCUCCUCUGUACAGCCAUACCUUCGUUUAAUGCGACUGGACAAACCCAUUGGGACGUGGUUACUCUUCUUGCCCUGCACAUGGAGCAUAGGGCUGGCUGCAGAUCCUGGCUGCCUUCCAGACAUGAGCAUGCUAGCCCUGUUUGGAACUGGUUCGUUGUUAAUGAGAGGGGCUGGUUGCACUAUCAAUGACAUGUGGGAUAAAGACUAUGAUAAAAAGGUAGUUAGAACUGCUACCCGGCCCAUUGCUUCAGGUGAAAUCUCACGGUUCCAGGCUCUAGUGUUUUUGGGAGGUCAGCUCAGCCUAGCCCUCUGUGUCCUCCUGUGCUUGAAUUAUUACAGUGUAAUCCUUGGAGCUGCUUCACUGAUGUUUGUUGUCACAUACCCCUUCAUGAAGCGCAUAACAUAUUGGCCACAACUCAUGCUGGGUCUUACCUUCAAUUGGGGGACAUUGCUGGGAUGGUCAGCAGUGAUGGGAUCGUGUGAUUGGUCCAUUUGUUUGCCGCUCUAUUUUUCAGGUGUGAUGUGGACACUUGUCUAUGACACCAUUUAUGCUCACCAGGAUAAAGAAGAUGACAUUAGAGUGGGUAUCAAGUCGACAGCCCUGAGGUUUGGAGAGCAGACUAAACCAUGGCUCUCUGGCUUUUCUGUGGCCAUGUUGGGAGGCCUUAUUCUUGCUGGACUUAAUGCCCAGCAGACUCUGCCUUAUUAUGCAGCAGUCUCAAUCACGGCCAUUCAUCUGACCCACCAGAUCUCCUCACUGGAUAUUAAUAAGUCAGAAGACUGUUGGAAAAAAUUUGCUUCAAAUAGAAAUCUUGGGCUAAUUUUGUUUUUGGGAAUAGUUCUUUCCAAUGUUAUCAAGAAAGAGAAUGGAUCCAUGGAAAAAAAUUAAACUUGUCCAUUAAUAUUACAAAAAUACAAUUAUGCUUAUGUAUGAGCAUCAUUUAGAGUGUCAAAAGCAAAGGAACACUUUGGACAAAAGGAAAAGGAGGAGUCACCAUCAUGUGUAUCAGAGUGAUAUAUAUAUAUAUAUAUAUAUAUAUAUAUUAAUGAAUAA